CACCACAUUUCACAUCACGUCGCUAACGAGCAGCAUCCGAACCCAACGCUGAACAAUUUCGAAACAAUUACAGCCCAAAGCCCGGAUUUUAAUUAACGUUACAGUGUUGUUGUUGUUGUUUUUUCCUCCUCUUUGGAGCGGCGUGAAGAGCGCAUCUGAUCCGCUGAGAUGUGUGAUGUGAUGUGUGAUGUGAUCUGAACUCAUCCAUCUGCGCGCAUUUUCUCCACAAGUUGUUUUUUUUUUCAAAGGAGGAGGCAUAUACGUCAAGAAAGAGAAGGAUGGAGAUGGAGAUCUGGCUGGAUCCCAAACACCGAUAGCGUCGGUGGAGAUUAAUACUUAUUAUUAUUUAUAAUAAAAAUAAUGCGUAAAAAAUGCCUGAGAGCUGUUUCCGCGCGCGCACCCAAAUAACGCCACGUACAGAAGCCGGAACUUUCCUCUCACCCCCCUGAAAGCAGAGACAGAGCUGUCCACAAAGGCGACUUCUCCAGCUUUUAGACAGCAUCUGAUGGAGCACGGAGACCUGUAAAACACUCAGACUCGGCUCCGAGAGGACAGGGAUGUUUGGGAUGUUUGGGAUCGGGAAGAGAAAGCUCUUCGGGAUCGUUUCCGUGCCGCUCCUGGUGGCACUGAUGUGCUGCGCGCAGAGCGCCAAUGAACCAGGAAACAUGUCUUUCGUGAAAGAAACAGUGGACAAGCUGCUGAAGGGCUAUGACAUCCGACUGCGUCCUGACUUUGGAGGUGCGCCAGUGUCAGUUGGGAUGACCAUCGAUGUGGCCAGUAUAGACAUGGUGUCUGAAGUCAACAUGGACUUCACGCUGACCAUGUAUUUCCAGCAGUACUGGAGGGAUAAGCGCUUAGCAUACUCGGGGAUUCCUCUGAACCUGACUCUGGAUAACAGAGUGGCCGAUCAGCUCUGGGUUCCUGACACCUACUUCCUGAACGAUAAGAAGUCCUUCGUCCACGGCGUGACGGUCAAGAACCGCAUGAUCCGCCUUCAUCCGGACGGAACCGUUCUGUACGGGCUGAGAAUCACCACGACUGCUGCUUGUAUGAUGGACCUGAGGAGAUACCCACUGGAUGAGCAGAACUGCACCCUGGAGAUAGAGAGCUAUGGCUACACGACUGACGACAUCCAGUUCUACUGGAGAGGAGGAGACAACGCCGUAUCCGGUGUGUCCCAGAUCGAGCUUCCUCAGUUCUCCAUCGUGGAUUACAAACUGGUGUCGCGGAACGUUGUCUUCUCCACAGGAGCUUAUCCACGCCUGUCACUCAGCUUCAAGCUGAAGAGGAACAUCGGAUAUUUCAUCCUGCAAACCUACAUGCCCUCCAUCCUGAUCACCAUCCUGUCCUGGGUCUCCUUCUGGAUUAACUAUGAUGCUUCAGCAGCACGAGUGGCUUUAGGUAUCACGACUGUCCUCACCAUGACCACCAUCAACACCCACCUCCGAGAAACGCUGCCCAAGAUCCCCUAUGUCAAAGCCAUAGACAUGUACCUGAUGGGCUGCUUCGUCUUCGUCUUCUUAGCCCUGCUGGAGUACGCCUUCGUCAAUUAUAUCUUCUUCGGACGAGGUCCUCAGAUGCAGAAGAAAAUGGCGGAGAAAGCCGAGAAAGCCAACAACGACCGGACCAAAUACGACGGAAAUAAGUCUGCUCAGGAGGGAGGGAACUGCAAGGCGUCAGGAGUUAAACAGUCCAAUCAGGUACAAGGUCACCGUCACUCACGAGGGGUGGACUCUCAGGGGAACAUCCUGCUGACCACGCUGGAGAUCCAUAACGAGGUGGCGGGGAACGAGAUCACCACCAGCGUCAGCGAUGCACGAAACUCCACCUCUGUGAUGUUGGAGAACUCAGGGAUCCAGUACAGGAAGGCUAGCGGGCCGCGGCGGCACAGCCUGGAGAGGAGCGCGCAGCCCAAGAAGGCUCGACUGCGCAGACGCUCCUCGCAGCUGAAAAUCAAAAUCCCGGAUCUUACAGACGUCAACGCCAUCGAUCGAUGGUCACGGAUAAUUUUCCCCUCUGUCUUUUCCCUUUUCAAUCUCAUCUACUGGCUUUACUAUGUGAAUUAACAGGCCACGCCCUCCCGGCGUUCUUUCCUCCUCCUUCUUUACACUUUCUGUUUCCAUUUUAAACCUAAAAGACGAUUUUUUCUCCCUUUUUUCAAGGACAGGAAAUUUUUCAAGGAUCUUUUUCUACGUUUCUCCGCAGCAGACGAUGUGCUCACCUAAUAUUUAAAAAACAAAAGCGUGUAUAAUAUAUCAUUUACAUGAACACACAAUACAGAUUUUAUAGACACUGAAAUUCUGAAGCCAUGAGACUUCCGCAUGAUGCCAUAACCAUGACCUUUUUAUCGGCUCAUAUCCACCUGCAUCGAGAAAUAAAUAAAUAAAUAAAUAAAUAAAUAAAUAAA